AUGGACAUUGAAGUACCAUCAUGUAGUAUUUGUUUGGGUUCAUCUGAUGAGCAGUAUUUGCAGUAUAAUCUAAUCGUAUCGGGCAUUAUAUUACCAAUCGUUGGUUUUAUUGGAUUAAUCGGUAAUUUUCUCGUGGUAAUCGUUUAUGGAAGUUAUGAAAGUAGGAAACAUUCAACAAAUAUUUAUCUAGCUGCACUGGCUGCCAGCGAUUUUUGUAUGAUAUGCACUGCGCUCGUACUUUACGUUUUAGAAGCCUGGAGACAUCACAGCCAUCAAAUAAUUGCUACAAUGUAUGGUAGAAGUACUCAGUAUACUUUCCCAAUAAGUACAAUUUUGCAAACCACUUCCGUAUAUUUUUGCGUGAUAGCUGCAGCAGAUUGUUUUGUGAGAGUAGUAUUAUCGUCUAAAACAAAGGAAGCCAUUUGCACGCCAAGGUUCGCCAAAAUAACCGUUUUGUGCAUUACAGCGAUUUCAUUCGCUUAUAACGUGCCACAUUUUUUUGAACUAACAUCUAUUAUUUGUUUUGAUGAUAGAAGGAAUAAUAGUUUAUCAGUGCAAGUGUGCCCAACUGAUUUACGCACAAAUGUGUUAUAUUAUCAAUUAUACUAUACAUAUAUGUAUACAAUAUUUAUGGCAGUUGGACCAUUAUUGAUAAUUGUUAUCCUCAAUGUUUUCGUUGUAACAGCUGUUUUCAAGAAAGGAGCAUCCGGUAAUUUUUAUUACUAUGAUACUGAUACACUCAGCUUGAUUCUUGUUGUAUUUAUGUUUAUUUUUUGCAAUUCAGCUGCUUUAUUGGUAAAUUUCAUUGAGAUGGUCUUCGCUGAAAAGGUUUUUUUUAUUUCACAAUUUUUUAUACAAAUUUAA